CACACAGAAGCAUCCGUUCAACAACAAAGAAAGAGCCUGCAUACUCUGUUGUUGUUUUCGACUGGUAACUUUGCACAUGCUUGAUUUUUCAUGGAUAGGAAAUGUAUAUGCCGAUAUUUUAAGGGACCGCUUCCACGGCAGAGGUAAACAAAUCCGCGCCCCUUGUUUCAAUUGAAAAUUAUAGGCGAGAUCAAUCACGGUAUGGGACUGCUUCUUCAGCAAGAAGGGAAAUUAAAUUCGACAAUUAAGUGGCAUUAUUCUGGAUAAGAGACUGAUUGGACCGUCUGUGUAACACCGCGUGGGAUAAGUUAAAAAGGUGACCGUGUUGGGGGUUAAUAUCUGCAAGUAUUCGUGCCUUUACCUGGUGGCAACCAAUGUUUACAAAAACCUAAUGGAAUAGUAUUACUGGUCUAUUUGUUUUGGAUUCAGAAUAUCGAGAAAUAUCAAAACGUUAUAGUGCUUUUUCGGGAUUCCUUUGAUGUGUGUUAUUAAGUACUUGUGUGACGCACAUGACGAAUUGGAGUUGCACUUCUGGAACAGGAAGGACAUUGUAGUUGGUAGGUACUAGGCUAACUUUAUAGGCAAGGGACCAGUGUGUGUUCCCAAUGAAGAUUAAAAAAUCAGGAAAUUGAGCAUUGAGUUUCAUACUUGAAAACUGACAGAUAUUAAACCAAAUAACAUGCAAAAAAUAACGUGUUAACAAUAUCGAAUUACUCGUGUCAAAUAAACGACAGGGAGCCUGAGAAAUACUAUUUAUAGUGCAAGAAAAGUGCAUUUCAAAGCCAUCUACAUUUGGAAUAACGUUGCAGGAAGCACAGCGCCUGAACUGGCUAAUAAAGUUGAAGGAUUUACGACCUUUUCCUCGUAUAACUACUGAAAUAAUGUUGUUUUGACUUGUUAAAUUCUGUUCAGACUAAGUUUUCAAGACUUUAAAAAAAUAACAAUCAAAAUGGAUCUCCUCUCGCUCCCCGUCUGUACCCUGGUACUAUUUUGGACGGUAUUUACCUCAGGAUCAACCUUCCCCUUCUCAGUGUCGGAUUACAGCACCAAGCGGUCAGUUUGCAAGCCCAUUCCCAGCACCAUGGGCCUCUGUCAUAACGUGGGCUACCGUGAGAUGCGGCUGCCCAAUCUUCUGGGCCACGAUACGUUGAAGGAGGCGCAGCAGCAGGCCGGCUCGUGGGUGCCCCUGGUCUCCAAGCACUGUCAUCGUGACACCAAGAAGUUCCUCUGCUCCCUCUUUGCGCCCGUAUGUCUGAGCGAGCUGCUGGAGCCAAUCCGCCCAUGCAUGAGCCUCUGUGAGGGGGUGCGGGACGGCUGCGUGCCCGUCAUGAGCGCAUUCGGCUUUCCAUGGCCCGAGAUGCUCAACUGUAGCCAAUUCCCACCAGGCACCGAGUUGUGCAUCCCUCCCUCGGGCGGCUCUGACGACUCUCUAUCCGAGAAUUUAGACGAGAAACAGGAGGAGAAUAUUGAGACACUGGUUUGUGAUGCCUGCAGGUCAACCGGACAAGACGAAAAUGAGAUCCUACAGAACUACUGCAAGAAUGAUUUUGCAAUGAGGCUGAAGGUACGGGAGUCGAUGGUGGAAGGGGAAGACAGAAAAAUUGUGGGUGAGGGCAAGAGCCGGAUGCUGCUGCGCAAGAAUAACCACGCGGAGGAGGAGGAAGCAAUACUCCGGAGCGCCCUCUGGCUGCCUGGAGGAGGAAAGUGCACUUGCGAUGAGCUCUCUGAUACCUCUGACACCUUGCUGGCCCUGGCGAACAGGGCAGGGGACAGGCUGGUCCUUUCCAGAGUGGUACGCUGGCAGCGUGGGGACAAGGAGCUGAGAAAAUUGAUACGUAGCAUCCGCAAAUUGCAAUGCUGACACCCAGCAACUCAACAUGUGUGUGUGUUCAACAGUUUAGAGAAGAACCCGCUUUACUACUGUAUGUUAAAGUACAUAGAGCUAAGAAAAUAAUUCCGGUAAAUCUUACCUGUUAUGUAUUGCCAUACAUUUGCCUAUGUUUAAAAAAAAAAAAGAAAAAACACUUUUGAAAAGACGUUUUACCAGUUCCAUUGUCUAGGUAAAUUUACAUUUAUUGUUUUGGGGCCUUCAUUUUUGUCAUUUAAGAAGCUCUUAUGUUAACAGAAAUAUUGAGUGGUAACAACAUAAAUAAAACAAGCUGUUGAUGGCUUCUAAGCUUGGCUGCUUGCAUUCAUAAUAUUUAAACUUUAAUCUAAAAAAAACCUAAACCAAAAGACCAGUGGUCCCACACAAUUGGUUAAGUUUAUAUUAUCCUUUGACAGGAGGCUUGUAUUUUGUUUUAGAUAUUCUAGUUAAAAAAAUAUGUACCCAUUACUGGACCCUAAUACAAUAAAUGUAUGUUUGAACAAAACAAAAAA